AUGCGACACUGUCGAACAUUUCUAACGAGAAGAACCGAAAUUUCCAAACCACCGGAGUAUUAUGAAGGAAGGCUAGAAGGAACAGCUCCAGAGCAUCAAUGUUACAUUUUUCUACACGCGUCGCAGUCUCCAGAACUAUUUCCAAAGGUUCAGAAAACAUCAGUAUCCCUCGAGCUACAGGCGCGUGCAACGAGGUGGGGUGGUAUCGUGAAUUUCUCCUGGUUCAACGACGGAUCAGCUCCACAGAUGAUCGAGAAAGGGCUACAACCAGCGACUGUAUUUUCACGUCUAGGCGGAAAGCUUGAAAUUCCCGAUGUCUCGCUUGAGAACAUUGACCAGGUCGAAGAUACCAUCAAGACACACCUCCAAGGGCCUUCACUGCUUACCGAGGGAGAGAAAGGGGGUUCAGAUAUACAUAUUUAUGUAUGUACUCAUGGUGUCCGUGACUGUCGGUGUGGAGAGCGCGGAAAACAGGUGUAUAAUGCUUUGGUAAAAGCGGUGAACGAUGCUCGGCAAAGGGAACCUAUCGCUCGCAAUAUCAGGAUUGGGGAAGUAGGCCAUGUUGGUGGACACAAAUAUGCAGCGAACGUACUGAUAUACCCACAGGGUGAAUGGCUUGGAAUAGUCAAACCCGACGACGCUCCUUCACUCAUUAAUCAAGCACUCGAAUCGCUUAGAAAGGGCGUUAAACCUUUGGAUUCAACUGCUCCUCCAACAUUUCUCUCUCAUUGGCGGGGUAGAAUGGGGCUUUCAAAAGAAGAGCAAAAAAAUUUAUGGGCCAAGCACGCAGGUAUAGAAGAUAAUCAUGUGGCCGAGAAAGAACUACGACCAAUCCCCAGAUCAUAA